ACCCGGAUUUUAUCCACCCAAAAGCCAUCUCGUUUGGCACUCUAGUCGAGCCUACAACGCCCGAAACAGCACCGGAGACGACCUACAUCUUGAAGAGCAUCUUCUUGCCCAUUUAAUCCACCAAAAAUGUCGCCUAUCGUUCUUGGUAUCAACUUUGGCCAGUCGUACGCGUCCAUCGCCGUCAUCGACAAGGAGGGCCAUGCCUCGUGCAUUGCCAACGAGGACGGCGAGCGCCAGAUUGCUGCCGCCGUCUCGUACGUCGAGGACCAGGUCUACAUCGGCAACGGCGCCAAGCCCCACCUCGUCAAGAACGGCCACAACACGAUCAUGGGCUUCCGUAACCUCCUCGGCCACACCUACGACGAGGUCGACCACACCGCCAUCCUUGCCGCUCCCCUGAUCCCCGAGUCCAAGGUCCCCGCCUACACUGUCGACAUUGUCAUCCCCCCUCCCGCCGCGCCUACCCCCGUCUCGCGCUCGGCCGCUCCCUCGGGCUACGCUACCCCCGUCCCUCUUGAGCCCACCCCGGCCAAGAAGACCAUCACCGCCCCCGAGGUGACCACGCUCUUCCUCGAGAACCUGUUCAACUCGGCUGUCGACUUCCUCGGCGGCAAGCCCACCCACGCCGUCAUCUCGGCCCCCGUGUGGUUCACCCCUGCCCAGACUGAGGCCCUCCGUGAGGCUGCCACCGCCGCCGGCAUCAACGUUGUCCAGGUCCUUGACGAGUCGGCCGCCGUCCUUGUCGGCUACCGCGCCGGUCUCUCCGAGGAGCGCAAGGCCCGUGGCCUCCUUGGCGAGCCCGAGGAGGGCAACGCCGGCGAGGAGGAGCCCCGCGACAAGAAGAUCGCUGUCCUCGACAUGGGCGAGACCUCGCUCGCCAUCUCGGUUAUCGCCGUCUCGGAGGGCGAGUACACUGUCCUCAGCAAGUCGCGCGACGACAAGCUCGGUGGCCGCGAGUUUGACAACCUCCUUAUCAAGCACUUUGCCAAGGAGUUCACCAAGAAGACCAAGAUUGCCCUUGACCUUCCCACCACCGAGGCCGGUUCGGCUCAGGACAAGCGCGCCGAGGCCAAGCUCCGCCUUGCUAUCGAGCACACCAAGCGCUCGCUCUCGGCCUCGACCGGCCCCGCUACCUGCGCCGUCGAGUCGCUCAAGGACGGCUACGACCUUUCUUCGUCGGUCAACCGUAUCCGCUUCGACGGCCUCGCUGCUGUCGUCUACUCGAAGGUGACGUCUGCUCUCCGCGAGACUGUUGAGGCUGCCGGCCUCGACAUUGCCCAGAUCGACGAGGUCCUCCUCGCCGGUUCGUCGACCCUCCUCCCCGGUCUCCAGCAGGCCGUUGCUUUCAGCGUCAACCCCACCACCCCCGUCACUGCCGCUCAGGACCCCUCCGAGGUCAUUGCCAUCGGCUGUGCCCUCCAGGCUCUCCACCUCGCCACCCUCGACUCGCGCCUCAAGGUCGACGACGUCCUCGCGUUCGCCGCCAAGCCCAUUGACACGACCGCUGCCCCCAUCGGUAUCGUCAUCCCCGGCGCCACCGACGACCUCAUCGCCGCCAACGUUAUCGAGCCCGGAGCUCCCCUUCCCGUCAGGAGACGUGUUGCCAUCCCCGUCGCUGCUGGUGCUGGCAAGGUCGCCCUCGAGAUCUGGGAGGGCAAGGAGGAGAUCAAGGUUGAGAAGGUCGAGGUCGCCCCUGUCGACAAGGUUGAGGGAGAGGACGAGUUCUCCGACGACGAGGACGAGCCCGAGGAGAUCAGGACACCCAUCACCAAGAAGACGACCCGUCUGGGAGCUGUCGAGGUCGCUGUUGCCGACGGAAAGCAGUUGAUCCUCGAGGUUAUUGUCCAGCGCGGUGGCAAGGUCGAGGUCGCUGCCUGGGAGGAGGGCAACGAGGCGGGUGCCGACAAGUUUGAGGUUUAAAUAGAGUAGAUUGCAUGGGGAAGAUGCACAGGCAUGAUAUAGCAG